AUGAAGGAAGUUGACUCCAGACCGCCAGAUGCGGUGCUCUGCGAGUGCAGUAUGCUGGCGACACGUAGAUCAAAUCAUCAGAAACAGACGGCGGUGGUGGUGAAUCCACGAAGGCGGUCGCAACGCCGAUUUCGACGGUUCAUUGAAAGCUUUAUGCGAAAAGUAUUCAAUGAUCAGAGAAAAUCGACAAACGAUAACGUCACUUCUGCAUCGACGACCCAAAUCCAAGCCGAUGUGACACCGACAAAAAGUCCGCAAUUGGCUGAAUUGCACAUUACAUCGCCGCCGAAGCGAACCUCGUCAGCACCAUCCAACCGACUCAGUUUUAAUAGUACAAUAGACAGCAAUGGAAACUAUGGAAGGAAAACUGUCUCUCAAAAUGAUCUCAAUGUUGAACCGGAACUGGUCAGUAAUCUUCAUCAAAAGAAGUUAAAUGAUUUUGAUUUGAAUGAUUUGAUUGAUGAACAAUAUCGUCCUACUCCAAAGCCACUUCCUCCCAUUGCGAAACCUCCACAACCAAAACUGGUAGCACCGAAAGAGCCCAUAUAUUUCCCUCAAGGAAAACCGGUACCUCAAAUUCAAAACGACGCCGCACUUCGCAGAGUGUGUGAAGUGUUCCGUUCACUGCCCGAUCAGAAAUGCGAAUUGAACAACAUGAAGCUUGUCUGUGAGGCAGCCGGUCUUCCGCUUUAUUGGAAAAUGCCGGUGUUUAUGGCAUUGACCAACGAUGAGAAUCGGCCGGCAACUCAAAUCGAUUUCACAUCAUGGUGGAAAGCGAUGACAUCUGUUGCACAUGACGAAGCUUCAAGAUUCGUUUACACAAUGACUAUGGGAUCAAGAAGUUAUCUAGUGCCCGAAGAUUUCUAUCAUUUACUGAUGGAUGUGAUCCACACACAUCCAGGAUUGGCGUUUUAUAGGGAAGCCACCGAAUUCCAUGAUAAAUAUUGUCAAGUGGUGAUGACUAGAAUAUUCUGGAAUGACGCCCAUUCUUGGUCAGGUCGCCUCACUACCGAACGACUUCGCCGCGGCGGAGUACUGCAAGCGAUUCGGGACCUCGCUUUUGAAGAUGAUAUCAAUAAAUCACUACGAUACUUCAGUUACGAGCACUUCUACGUUGUAUAUUGUAAAUUCUGGGAGAUCGACACCGAUCAUGAUUUGAAAAUCCGAAAACGCGAUCUCGCUGCACAUGCGGGCGGUGCGCUCGCUCCAUUGGUUGUUGACAGAAUAUUCUCGGGAGCGGUUUGCAUGUCGUCCUCACACAUGGAACCAAUUGAAGAGAUUGGGCUACCAGAGUUCACACAAUUCCUGUUGGCUGAGGAGGAUAAAACGCAUCCGACUAGUGUCGAAUAUUGGUUCAGAAUUUUGGAUUUGGAUGGCGAUGGAAUUGUGACUUUGUAUGAUAUGGAGUUGUUUCACUCACAAAUCCAAAAGAAGUUGGCUGCUGAAGGAAUUGAUUCAAUGGCAUUCGCUGAUGUCGCUUGCCAGCUCAUCGACAUGCUCAAUGUUGAUGGUGCAACGUCGUUCCGACUCCGAGACCUAAAGAAGUCGCCGCUUCGUGGCCGAUUCAUUAACACAUUUGUAAAUUGGAGAAAGUUCUUCGUUCAAGAGACCAAUGAAGGCUCCGAAGCGCCUCGAAUUGAGGAUGAAGGAGGUGUUGAGCUCACUGAAUGGGACAAGUAUUGUAUAGAAGAGUAUGAAGCUAUGAUGGAGGAUGACCAGGCUGAUGCUGAAACAAUCAGCUUGAAUCUUGAAGAUGAUGAUUCCAAAACCAGUCUAGCAUACCACGAUCUUCUCUAA